AGCUUACAAAGAUGGAUUAGUAGCAAGUCAAUCAGUCAAAUAACAGUGAUGUUGAGUUUCGCUUGAUUCUAUACUUUAUAACAGGCUGACUUCAUGUAGGUGGUUUGAGAUGUCAGAUGAACUAAUGUGUUAGCUGUAUCAACGUGCGUGUGUUUAUAGUAUCUACGACUAACACAUCUUUUCGUGGUUUGACCUUCGAAGUAUAAGAAAAAAAGUCGCGGUUUGAAGUUACACCUGUAUGCAGGCUUGGAUAUGAAUAGAGGAAGAUGAUUUUCCAGAUACCUUUCUAUGCAUGGUAAAAGUGGAAAAUUGUGAUAAUAAUAAUCAGAACUAAAAAUGAGGAAGUCGCUUAAAAAGAAGUAUUCAUCAAUCACCUUAUAAUUGUGAAGUGUUCAUGAGUGAGCUGUGAGAAAAGAUUGGAAUUUAAGAAGAAAAAAAAACUUAUGAAUUAAAAUGCCUGGUAGUUUACUAUUAGGUGCAGAUACUUAUUCUGAUGUAUCCGAAUAUUCAGGAAGAAGCCUUGAUUCUAAAAUUGGAGGCAAAAAAGUGAGCUUUAAUAAAGCAGUUCGAGUCAAGCAGUAUCCAUGGAAACCAGAUGUGGAUGUUGCUACCUCUGAACAUUUAACCUUACCGAGUAACAGAUUUUGGUUUAAAGUAUACAAAAACAAACACGACACUCCAGUUUCCUAUGAUUAUUCAACAGCAACGUCGAAACAAAACAACUGGGAGGAAGAAAGUAUGGAGUGUAUUCAUGAUUCUCUUGCACCAAUUGCUGAAGUAGAUGAUCAAGAAAUAGAAACAAGCCCAAAACAUACUAAUAACACAAUCUCAGAAAGAAAUGGAUAUGAACGAAGUGAUGAUUUCAACGAUUACAAUGGAUCCUACAAGAGUUAUGAUUAUCAACCGAUAGACCCUCCUGUUGAUUAUUUUGAUGAAAUGCGUUUAACUUCAAACAGAGGUAUGAAUGGUGCCAGGCGAGUCUGGGGAGAAAAUGAUUUAAAAAAUGAUCGUCCCAGUUAUGAUCCGAAUCCCUCGAAUAUUUCCAGCCAGUGGAAUGGCAAUGGUUAUCACAGACAACCUGAUAAGAUUGAUGAAAACUCCGAAAAUUCAUAUUCAAUGUCCAUGUCCGAUAUUAAUGGGCUUCCUCGUUCUAGCUUUAGAAACGAUUUUGCUACAAGACGAUCGAUGCGAAGAUUGGACAAUUCAGAUGGCUUUACGACCCGAGGAAGGAGAUCCAGGUCUCAUGACGAAUACAUGGAUAACGAUAGCAGGUUUAAGCAUCUUAAAAAAGCCGAUAAAGCUGUGUCCACUGAUGAUUUGAAUAACGGCAAUGUACUUAUUAGUCCAAGUAAUAGAUUUUUUAAAGGAAGCAGAGAUAUUGCUACGCAGUGUCAUUUGACAUUAACUCGAAAUAAAAGCCAGUCCUCCUUUAAUAAUCUCAAUAUGUCUUCCACUUCUCAAGCAAAUUCCCACAUAAGCAACACUGAAAGACUUAAAAACUUCACACCGCAAAGGCCUAGACUUAACUUUAUCAACGAAUCAAAUAGUGUUGCAACAAGUCCUAAGAAAGAUUAUUCCUUAGAAAAAGUAUCGAGCAUAAUUCGCACCCGUACGAACUCACCUAAAUCAAAUGACUUCUCGGCACAAACAGGACACAAUUACAAGCAAUACGGUCACGAGUCAGAAUUCCACAAUAACACAAAUAGCGCUAAUUUGAAGCCUUUAGCACGAACAGAAAACAACAUAGCGACCAUCAUGCAAAAUCAGGCUAAUAGAACAUUUAAUAGAUUCAAUCCAAGAAGUGAAUCAAUAAUAGAUACUAAGAGCAAUCGAGAAAAUACCAAUCGCUUUGUAUCUUCAAAGGAACCAAACAGUACUGGAUUCAAUAGAUUCAAUCUAAGAAGCGAUUCAACAAUAGAUACUAAGAGCAAUCGAGAAAAUAGCAAUCGGUUUGCUUCUUCAAAAGAACCAAACAAUACUGGAUUCAAUAGAUUCAAUCCAAGAAGUGAUUCAACAAUAGAUACUAAGAGCAAUCGAGAAAAUUCCAAUCGAUUUGUAUCUUCAAAAGAACCAAACAAUACUGGAUUCACUAGAUUCAAUCCAAGGAAUGAGUUGAAACCAAUUGAUACAAAGAACAACAGAGAAAACACCAAUCGUCAUGAUGCAGCGAGAGAAACAAACGGUGUUGGAUAUCUUCGGGGACAUCAAAUACCAUUGAGUGAAGUAAACACAAAUACAAAUCGCAAAUUCAUGGGCAGAAGUAACGGCCAAUUGAACCAAAACCACAUAUCUCGUAAAAUUGACGAGAACCAAAGCAUGGUAAAACUUCCAAGUGUAUCUACAAAACCUGAUUUACAGUCAUCAAAAGGUUUCCAGACAAAGAGAUAUCUUUCUCCUCCAAAUAACCACGAACGAAGAAGUUUUAGAAACGGUUCUAACUCAGCCAAGAGUUACGCCAGUGAAGGUGAUAGUUCUAUGAUAGAUUGGUCGCUAUCAGGUUUUCAAUUGGCUUCAAAACCUGAGAAUGGUUUAAAUUCCGUUUCAGAUAGUGAGUAUACUGUACAUAGGCGACCACCACUGCUUAUGUAUAUACCAGGGGUAAGCCAUCAUGACCGGCCAGCAAUCGAAGACGAUCGGUUGUCAGCUUUAAGUGAUAUUUCUCGAUCGGAGUUGAAUGACGGUUUAAGCUCACUUGCUGGUUCAUCAAGAGACAGAAGUGUUAUUGGUGAUUUGCGAAGAAGACAAUCAAUGAGAGAGGGAAAAUCAAAAUGGCUAAAAUGGAGAUCCAAAAGCUAAUUACAAUAUGUUAUAAUAUCUAUAAGGACUACUAAAUUAUAUGAAUUAUUAUUGUUUUGAUUAUAAUUUCUCAUGGUAUCAUGUAUGUUAACGUUACAAUUUACGUAACUGCUCUGGAAGCAUUAUUACUAUUGUAAAUUUGAUUAAAUUCUAACUGAACUUUGUGAUAA